AUGAAAAUGGGAAUGGGUUUAGUCUUUCUUACAGUUUUCUUGGCAGUGAUGUCUUCUACAAGGGUCUCUGCUCAGACAAGCUGCACAACCGCGUUGAUCAGCAUGUCGCCGUGUCUCAACUACAUAACCGGAAACUCCACCUCUCCUUCCCAGCAAUGCUGUCGUCAAUUAUCCAACGUAGUCCAGUCUUCUCCUGACUGUUUGUGUCAAGUCCUCAACGGUGGUGGCUCUCAGCUUGGUAUCAACGUCAACCAAACACAAGCUAUUGAAUUGCCAAAGGCUUGUAAUGUUCAGACUCCUCCUGUCAGUCGCUGUAACAACAACGGUGGUGGUGGUUCUACUACUGCUGACUCUCCUGCAGACUCACCAAACUCUUCCGGACCAGGAAAUGGAUCGAAGACCGUGCCAGUAGGAGAAGGAGACGGACCACCAUCCUCUGAUGGAAGCUCUAUCAAGCUCUCAUAUCCUCUUCUUACCUUCCUCUCCGCUGCUUCCUACAUCGCAAUCUUCUUGAAAUUCUGA